AUGAUUAAAGGCAAUUAUAAAGCUGCAAGUGAGGAGCAGCGAGAGAAAGCGACCGCACAGGACAAGAGCAGCCUGCGAGGAGACCAGGAGGAGACCAGGACACAGAGGGAGGAGACCAGGAGGAGACCAGGACACAGAGGGAGGGGACCAGGAGGAGACCAGGACACAGAGGGAGGAGACCAGGAGGAGACCAGGACACAGAGGGAGGGGACCAGAAGGAGACCAGGACACAGAGGGAGGAGACCAGGAGGAGACCAGGACACAGAGGGAGGAGACCAGGAGGAGACCAGGACACAGAGGGAGGGGACCAGGAGGAGAGCAGGACACAGAGGGAGGAGACCAGGAAGAGACCAGGACACAGAGGGAGGAGACCAGGAGGAGACCAGGACACAGAGGGAGGAGACCAGGAGGAGACCAGGACACAGAGGGAGGAGACCAGGAGGAGACCAGGACACAGAGGGAGGAGACCAGGAGGAGACCAGGACACAGAGGGAGGAGACCAGGAGGAGACCAGGACACAGAGGGAGGAGACCAGGAGGAGACCAGGACACAGAGGGAGGAGACCAGGAGGAGACCAGGACACAGAGGGAGGAGACCAGGAGGAGACCAGGACACAGAGGGAGGAGACCAGGAGGAGACCAGGACACAGAGGGAGGAGACCAGGAGGAGACCAGGACACAGAGGGAGGAGACCAGGGAGAGACCCAGGACACAGAGGGAGGACACCAGGAGGAGACCAGGACACAGAGGGAGGAGACCAGGAGGAGACCAGGACACAGAGGGAGGACACCAGGAGGAGACCAGGACACAGAGGGAGGAGACCAGGGAGAGACCCAGGACACAGAGGGAGGACACCAGGAGGAGACCAGGACACAGAGGGAGGAGACCAGGAAGAGACCAGGACACAGAGGGAGGAGACCAGGAAGAGACCAGGACACAGAGGGAGGGGACCAGAAGGAGACCAGGACACAGAGGGAGGAGACCAGGAGGAGACCAGGACACAGAGGGAGGGGACCAGGAGGAGAGCAGGACACAGAGGGAGGAGACCAGGAGGAGACCAGGACACAGAGGGAGGAGACCAGGAGGAGACCAGGACACAGAGGGAGGGGACCAGGAGGAGACCAGGACACAGAGGGAGGAGACCAGGAGGAGACCAGGACACAGAGGGAGGGGACCAGGAGGAGACCAGGACACAGAGGGAGGAGACCAGGAAGAGACCAGGACACAGAGGGAGGGGACCAGAAGGAGACCAGGACACAGAGGGAGGAGACCAGGAGGAGACCAGGACACAGAGGGAGGAGACCAGGAGGAGACCAGGACACAGAGGGAGGAGACCAGGAGGAGACCAGGACACAGAGGGAGGGGACCAGGAGGAGAGCAGGACACAGAGGGAGGAGACCAGGAAGAGACCAGGACACAGAGGGAGGAGACCAGGAGGAGACCAGGACACAGAGGGAGGAGACCAGGAGGAGACCAGGACACAGAGGGAAGAGACCAGGAGGAGACCAGGACACAGAGGGAGGAGACCAGGAGGAGACCAGGACACAGAGGGAGGGGACCAGAAGGAGACCAGGACACAGAGGGAGGAGACCAGGAGGAGACCAGGACACAGAGGGAGGAGACCAGGAGGAGACCAGGACACAGAGGGAGGAGACCAGGAGGAGACCAGGACACAGAGGGAGGGGACCAGGAGGAGAGCAGGACACAGAGGGAGGAGACCAGGAAGAGACCAGGACACAGAGGGAGGAGACCAGGAGGAGACCAGGACACAGAGGGAGGACACCAGGAGGAGACCAGGACACAGAGGGAGGAGACCAGGAGGAGACCAGGACACAGAGGGAGGAGACCAGGAGGAGACCAGGACACAGAGGGAGGAGACCAGGGAGAGACCCAGGACACAGAGGGAGGAGACCAGGGAGAGACCCAGGACACAGAGGGAGGACACCAGGAGGAGACCAGGACACAGAGGGAGGACACCAGGAGGAGACCAGGACACAGAGGGAGGAGACCAGGAGGAGACCCAGGACACAGACGGAUACCAGGAGGAUACCAGGAGGAGUCGGAGGAGAGCAGCCACAGACGUCUUCUCCGCCUCCAGACGAGCGGCCACCAUCUUCUUUACCUUAGCCUCAAACAGCUCUGCUCCUCUGCACACAGGUACCACAGCUGUGAGCUCAGCAGCACCAGGAAGCAGAUCGCAUCCCACACGAUCCCCGCCUCCCCCUCGGGCAGCUCACAGGCCUCAUCAGGAGGGGCUGGAACCAACAACAGAGACCAUCAGGAGGGGAUCAGGAAGGGCUGGAACCAACAACACGCAUCAUCAGGAGGGGAUAGAACCAACAACAGAGACCAUCAGGAGGAGCUGGAACCAACAACACACAUCAUCAGGAGGGGCUGGAACCAACAACACGCAUCAUCAGGAGGGGAUAGAACCAACAACAGAGACCAUCAGGAGGGGCUGGAACCAACAACACACAUCAUCAGGAGGGGCUGGAACCAACAACAGAGACCAUCAGGAGGGGCUGGAACCAACAACACGCAUCACAGGAGGGGCUGGAACCAACAACAGAGACCAUCAGGAGGGGCUGGAACCAACAACACGCAUCACAGGAGGGGCUGGAACCAACAACAGAGACCAUCAGGAGGGGCUGGAACCAACAACACACAUCAUCAGGAGGGACUAGAACCAACAACAGGCAUCAUCAGGAGGGGCUGGAACCAACAACACACAUCAUCAGGAGGGGCUGGAACCAACAACAGGCAUCAUCAGGAGGGGCUAGAACCAACAACAGGCAUCAUCAGGAGGGGCUGGAACCAACAACAGGCAUCAUCAGGAGGGGCUGGAACCAACAACAGGCAUCAUCAGGAGGGGCUGGAACCAACAACACACAUCAUCAGGAGGGGCUAG